CAUCAAUUACAACUUGACAAUUGCAACAAAAUAACAAACACGCGGAGCUAGCGCACUAUCUACUGUCAUCCGGUUGAUAACAUGACAAUUUCAGGGCUGCUUAUGCUGUGAUAUGUGCACAGUUUGAUAAUGCGAUUGAGAGACAGAGGAACAACAACGUCAAGAAACGAAGACAGCAGCCAAAAGAUGACGAAACACAACAAAAAAGAUCAAAGCCAGUGGGUUUUUGUUGCACCGAAAAAUGUGGUGAGUGAUAGUAACAGCGAGGAACAGGAUGUUGCAUUUGUCAAACUGAAACAUCCCAAAACAGAAAAGUCUGCCAUGUUUAUGUUCAGCAGUGACGGAAGCACAGUACUCGAGCUUCUGUCUUUCAAAGAAAAGCACAGAUCCUGGUUCAUUGAUGAGUCCGUACAAGAGGAUGGCUCCCUCAUGAUGGCUACUCCAAUAGAUCCUCUCUUCCUGAUCUUGCCAUACCUCGUGAAAGCAGAAAAGAGUGGGAAGUACAUAACACUGGACCAGAUUCUGGACGAUGCAGAUUAUCCACAAUGCCACCGGCUGGCCAGGUGUUCCGGAGCCUCUCACCUGCACUGCAUAUCCAGCGUCAGGGGAGCGUCAGAUGUACAAGCAUAUCGCUACGACUCCGAUAAGGCUCUAGACUGGCUGAAAGCCAAGGUAGAGAGGUUAGCUGAGAAACUGGAAGAGAAGAAUGUCCAUGUCAUAUCAGGGGCGCACUCCGCUACGUUUGUUAGGAGCAGUAAAGGCAACGAUGCUACGAAAGAGGACUAUCUGAGGUAUGCAGCCGGCAUGCUUUCCGACUACAUCACAUCUGACCACAGCAAACAGCUUUUCAGUCAUUUAGGAAUCAAAGCAGUUGCAGAAAAGAAAGCCGCUGAGACCGACACGGCUUCAGAACCUCCCUCCAAGAAAGCAAGGUUGUCCACUGCAAAUGGCGAACCUGAAGAAGACUACAGCAAGAACUUUAACGGAAAUUCAACAGAAAAACCAAAGCCCAAGUUGACGGCAGCACAAAGGGCGCUCAGCAAAGUCGACAAGACGGGAAUGAAGAGCAUCGCCAGCUUCUUCGGCAAACCGAAGAAGUCAAAUUCUACGAAAUAAUUCCAAAAUCCAGAGCGAAAGAGAGACUAUUUCUGAUUGACGCAGCUGUUGCUGUGGACACAUUAACAUCCAUUAACACUUACAUUGUAUUACAAUGUAUUUACUCCUUGAUAAAUCAAACAAUCAUCGCCUGCUGGGGCAGUUUUGGGCGGUGUGGGCUCCGUGUACAAGUACAUGUACCCCCUUAAGGGUUAUGGAGGGAGAGUUGGUGGACCACUGAGAGGGACAUACAAAUGCAUUGCCGCGAACGCUUUCGCUCGUAACCCCCCGCCCUGCAAACAGGACGCUGGGAUACUCUGAUGAAUUCACGCUCUGAUUGGUUGGAUUUUGCGUGACCAGUGACCUGCGCGUCAUCAAGGUCAUGACUCUGCAAGGUUUGA